AUGGGAUGUAAGUGCUCAAGGCCAAGGGAAUUGGAUUCCCCUACUCUGAAGCGCCAAUCCGAUAGUGCAGAAACCACCGAUCGUAUGUCUUUUGAUUCCGACAUCAAGCUUAAACCGAGUAUGUAUAUUGGAAACAUAAAGGAUGAGUUUAAAAACCUGUUUACGGUCUGUAGAAAACUAGGAUCAGGAGCAUACGGCACCGUAUUCCUGUGCAAGAAAACAAAUGGUACCAAAGAGUACGCUGUAAAGGUCAUAAAUAAACUAAAAUCACCGUCAAGUCAUGACUCUAGCAGACUUUUGAGAGAAGUUAAGUAUCUGAAGGAACUAGACCACCCAAACAUUGCAAAGUUAUAUGACGUCUAUGAAGAUUCGGUGGCAUAUUAUAUAGUUAUGGAGCCCUGUUAUGGAGGAGAACUGUUUGAUGAGAUUAUUAAGAGACAACGUAUCAAUGAAUACGAGUCGGCCUGCCUAAUUAAGCAAGUUCUGUCUGGAGUUUGUUACCUUCACAAAAAUAAUAUUGUUCACCGAGACCUCAAGCCUGAAAACCUUUUGCUUGAAAAACCAGGCUCUGUAGAUAGGAUUAAAAUAGUAGAUUUUGGACUUUCUGCCCAUUUCGGCAACAAUUUUCUCAAGGAAAGGCUGGGAACUGUCUAUUAUAUUGCUCCUGAGGUCCUUAACCGAAAUUACCAUGAAAAGUGUGACGUUUGGUCGUGCGGAAUUAUCCUGUAUAUUCUACUCUGCGGAUAUCCACCAUUUACAUCACCAAUGGAUACUGAAAUUAUAAGGUUGAUCAUUGCAGGCAACUACAGCUACCCCGAUAAGGAAUGGCAUGAUGUGUCUGAUGAAGCCAAAAAUCUCAUUGAUCUCAUGCUUACAUAUAACCCAGAUAAACGAAUAUCAGCAGCUCAGGCACUGAACCACCCAUGGAUCCUAAAGUUUUCAAAAGCCGGAAAGGCCGCACCACCAACCAAGAGCAUGUCCCUAGCACUGAAGAACCUUAAAAUGUUUACAAAAACACAAAAAUUCGAGCAAGCUGUAAUGCUUUUAAUGGCAAACAAGUUCACUAGCAACGACGAGAUCAAUGAACUCUCGAAAUUAUUCUCGGAGCUGGACACUAAUGGGGACGGGACACUUGACCGUAGUGAGUUGAUUGAGGGAUACAGAAGUAUUAAACAGAAUUUACGUGAUGGUUGCUCAAGGAUGAGCGACGAGGAGAUUGAACAGGAGGUGGAUGAAAUUAUUAAGGCAUGUGAUUUGGACCACAGCGGUUCAAUUGACUACUCAGAAUUCAUAACUGGGUGCAUUGACAAACUAACAUUACUCUCUAAGGAGAGACUUAAACUAGCAUUUUCGAUCUUUGACAUUGACGGGUCCGGUAAAAUCAGUAAUUCUGAACUAUCACAGAUUUUGGGAGUUUCAAACGCUCCAAACGUAUUUAACCAAAUUUUAAAAGAAAUUGAUACUAACGAUGACGGAGAAAUCGACUUUGAAGAGUUUGAAAGGAUGCUCGACAAGAUAACAAUUGAAUAG